AUGUCGACACUGGCUUCUGACCUCAGCUGGAAGAACCGUACUCGCGCUAUGCAGGCCGUUUUGUCGAGCAUGAGGCUCAAAGCGACGCCGGCGACGAUCAUUCGUGUGCUACCAACGUUGGCGAAAUACAUCUUGUAUCUCCUCGUCCUCUUGAAUAUUCGCUCAUUCCCUUUGGCUUGGCAUGUCAGGGUGUUCCAGCCAGUCACCAACCUACGUAUAAAGUACCGCCUUUUCCGGCUCACCCUUCUCUUCAAAUCGAAGAAACUCAAGGACAAAGCCGACGCCGAAUGGUGGGAUUCGGUUUCGCCAAUAGGCCGCAACCCCUUCCAGGACACGGUCACAUACACCUCCUGGUCAAGCAUCGAUGAUAGUGAUUUCAACCUUCAUCUCUCGAACUCAAGCUACGCCAAGGCACUCGAUGCGGGUCGCUUCCAGGCAGCGCUGCAGUGGUUCCCUCAAUUCUUCCGACUGGGCGGUUGGUGUCCGCUUGCCGCCACUCACUACCACUUCAUUCGGGAGAUCCCCAUGCUUGCGCCGUAUGAGGUUAGGGUAAGGAUUGGUGCUUGGGAUGAUAAAUGGAUGUACGUUAUCUGCCGCUUUGUGACGAAGCCCAAGUCGAAAUCCAAGAAGCACGCCGUGAUACCACCCACAGCACCCACAACGACAGGGGAUGGCUUCAUCUCUGCACACGCACUCCACACCCCCGCCUACGAUUCCGAUCUCAAUACAAGCGUCUCGCCCACGCCUGUCCCUUCGUCCACCGUGCAUCCCCCACCCUCGGCCAGCACACUCGACAAACUCCUACACAGCCAACAGCAUACCGAUGAACCCGACGGCGCGGUCCUCCACACGGUCUCGAUAUCGCAGAUUUGUUUCAAGCAUGGGAGGAUCACCGUCCCGCCCGUCCUCGUCCUCGCCAUCAAUGGCUUCUCUGCGUCUCCCCAGCGUAGCGCCUCGCCCUCGAGCAUGGACACUUCUUCUGUCGUUAAUAUCUCCCUCCCCAAUGCUGGUUCGCCCCAGACGACGGCAUACUCGUGCGCGAAUCCGCCACCGCACUGGGAUACCGUUCGCCAGAUGAUGUACGUAUCACGCGGUGGACACCCGAAGAAGAUGCAAGCGCUGAUGAAGGGCGGGUGGAAGGAGGUCGAACAAGAGAAGAGGUGGUGGGUUAGUUGCCUGGGCGGCGAGAUAGAGGAGUUGAGGACAGAGAGACUGGCGCUCCUUGAUGGGAUUCGAAAGGGCACGGAAAGCGCGAGAGGGAUUUUGUGA